CAGCAGCCACUGGGCCCUCCUGGCUCCUCCCAUGCCCGUGUUCUAUGUUUCCACAGGGCGGCACCUUCCUAUUUCUUCUCAGCCGCAACCCUCCCCUUAGAGUUGAGCAUCUUUUUGCCUGAAGUUAGUUUCCAGAAGCCAGUGUCCCCAGAGCUGGGCCAGGGGGAUGAACCGCGAGGGAGCUGCCGGGAAGAGUCCGGAGGAGAUGUACAUUCAGCAGAAGGUCCGCGUGCUGCUCAUGCUCAGGAAGAUGGGCUCAAACCUGACCGCCAGCGAGGAAGAGUUCCUGCGCACCUACGCGGGGGUAGUCAGCAGCCAGCUCAGCCAGCUGCCACAGCACUCCAUCGACCAGGGUGCAGAGGACGUGGUGAUGGCGUUUUCCAGGUCGGAGACAGAAGACCGGAGGCAGUAGCUGAAAGCCCCUUGGAACACCCUGGAGGCUACCGAUGGCCAAGAGAUUUGCGUGGCUCCUCUGCUGGUUGAGUGGUAGCAAACCACCUUCAACCCUCCCUCUGCUCCCCUCCUCCACCCGACCCUCCCCACCCCAGCCACUCAGCGGAGCUGGCAUCAAGGGAGAUGCCAGUGGUGGUUUGUGAUUGGCUUAACGGGAUGGACUUGUGAUUGGCUGCAGGAAGAAACCUUUUUAUUUUUAAAUCUUGACCAACGGAAA